AUGGACAAUGUCGACUUGCGACAGCAAAUUCUCCAGCGGACUCUACAGGAGGUAGCAGAAGAGACAGUGGCUAACCCCUGUGUUAUUUGCCUGGACACCAUCACCGAGCCAUGUGUGGCACAGCCAUGUCAACAUGCCAAUUUCGACUUCAUCUGCCUUCUUAGCUGGCUGGAGCAGCAGCAAAAGUGUCCCCUAUGCAAAACCAAACUGACAGCAGUCCAAUACGAACUGAAAGCCCCGCAAGGCCCGAAGCUAUACCAGCUCCCAACCCCGAGCUCAACCCCCGUAGCUCCACCGACAGCUCGACCACCACGAGGUCCCAGGAAUGGUCCCCGCGGAGGCCGACGUCCUCCAUGCCCGCCGCGACCACCCCCGGAUGACCCGCUUGAGCGCCGGCGCAACGUCUAUCGCAACCAGACAUACUCCAUGCGAGUCGGAUCCAACCGCUUAUCCCAGUAUCGAGAACUGGCGCCAGAGCGCUUCAACAGAGACGAAGAGCUAGUCUCGCGCGCUCGGAAAUGGAUCCGCCGCGAGCUACGAGUCUUCGCGUUUUUGAAUCCAGAGUCAGAGGAGGAAGAACGCACACCCCAGCAGGUUUCCCGUCCCGGAACUGAUCGCCUGGAGAACCGCAGGGCCAAUAAUGCGGAAUUCUUGCUCGAGUACAUCAUUGCCAUCUUGCGCACGGUGGAUCUCAAGGGAAGCGCCGGCCAGGCGGAGGAGUUAUUGCGCGAAUUCAUCGGGCGGGAGAAUGCCUGUCUCUUUCUGCAUGAACUGCAAGCGUGGUUGAGAAGUCCUUAUCGAAGCCUCGAGGACUGGGAUCGCCAUGUUCAAUAUGCGAAUAGCCCGCGCGAUACAUCGGAGAGAGGACAUCGGGCCACACCAGGCUCAGAUCGUAGACCCAUGCCCGCGAACAGGAGCAGAGGACAAGGUUCUCGACGGCCAUAUAGAUCCCGGAUGGAAGAUCUGGUUGCUCGCUCCAGGCGGAUACAACAAGCACAGCAACGAUACAAUCCAUAUUAA